CAGUUCUCUGAGAACAGGCGGCUCUCUCAUCCACAGACAGAGGACAGGAUGGAGACAAAUCUUUGUUAAUGUUAUUACUAAAGGAUUCAUGUUAAUGGCACAGUUUGGUGAACUGCAGUGAGUCUGUGCUGCAUGACUUCAGUCAGGUCAAACACACGCAUCCUCCUUCCUCCUUACAGCCUGUGUGGAGGAAGACUCGUCCGUUCCUGCUCCCGCCUGUGUCACCGUCCCGGUGUGGGAGACCUGCGGACGCUCGGAUUUGGUUCAGGUUUCAGGUUUGCCUGAUGGUGCAGGAACCUUCUAACCUUCUGGAUCUGUUACAGACGCAGCGAAGAACAGACUUGAUCCAGCAGCAUGAUUUUAUCAGAGCUUUUCUCUCUGUGCCUCUUUCCUCUGACUGUGUCUUCAGUCACAGCAGCACCUGGCCCAGGACCCGUCACUGUGGUUGUACCUGCAGGAAGUUACAUCAUGUUACCGUGCUCCCUCAGCACCCAGGAGAGCCUCGGGCAGAAGCGCUUUGAUUGGAAGAAAGACGAUCAGAGGGAGGUGUUCGUGUAUGAUGCCGGCCUUCAUUUCAAUAACGGCCUUCCAGGUCAGGACGAGCUCUUCAGAGGACGGGUCUCUCACUUUGCAGACCGGCUGCAGUUCGGUAACGCCUCCAUAACCAUCAGAAACACCAGGGUGGCUGACAGUGGAGACUACACCUGUGCUUUUCCACUUCAUCAGAGAGAAACGUGUAACAUAUGGACCAAAUGUGCAGCUCCAAAGCCUUUUGUUGGGAUCCUGAAUGUCACAGAGGGCGGGGUUCUGCUGAAGUGUGAGGUUCCAGGUGCUUCUCCAAAGCCUAAAGUAGAGUGGCAGGACAGCGAUGGGAACCUCCUUCCUGCUGAGGAGCCACAGGUGUCACACAGAGGAGACCUCUACUACAUCACCCUCCUCACCACGGUGACCAGGACCAACACCAACCGCUUCCUCUGUGUGGCCACACAGGAGGAGCUCAGCCAUGUGAUCCACGAUGAGUUCCACGUUCCAGGGUCAUGGCCACACCUGCAGCGGGGUCUUACCCUCUUCUGA